AUGUCCGACUUUAAUUCCAUGUACCAACAGGGUCUUUAUCUGUCACCCGAGCAGCAGAAUCUCCUCAUGGCUGCUCUGAACUCCAACAACCCGUCUCAGAAGCAGGAUGAGAACCAGAAAGACUCGCAGAAUCGUUCUCGAACACAAUCUUCUUCCAACGACACGACACCAUCGAAUAGCAAUGGUUUUGAACCAGCAUCAUCGAGUUAUUUCGAAUCUCCCCUGUUACAAGAUGCCCCCGGCUCGGGCCGGUUGGGCUUCGGAACAGAUGAAAGUCCAUUCCUCGAUUUCGAUCCCGACGUUGAUUUUGAUUUCCAGGGUAGCGAUCAAUUGAUUGGGGACCUUCCUGAAUUCGAAGGUCACGAGUUGGGUGACAAGAGGAAGUCCUUCGACGGAAAUGAAGAUGAUACUAGUAAUGGCAAGAAGAGACGGGAAAGCGAUGAUAAAGAUAAGGCCGCUAAGAAACCCGGCCGAAAGCCACUCACAUCUGAGCCUACUACCAAACGGAAAGCUCAAAAUCGCGCUGCACAGCGUGCCUUCCGUGAGCGCAAGGAGAAGCACCUCAAAGAUCUCGAAACCAAAGUAGACGAACUCGAGAAAGCAUCACAGACCGCCAACCAAGAAAACGGGCUUCUCCGAGCUCAAGUUGAGCGAUUGCAAGUGGAACUGAAGGAAUAUCGCAAACGAAUUUCCUGGCUCAGUGGAGGAAAUGGCUUAUCAACUAUGGCCGCUAUGAGCACCAUGAACUCGCGCAACCUUUCUAACCUCAACAAUAAUGACUUCUAUUUCGACUUCCCCAAAUUCGGUGACUUGCCUGGAAAACACAUGUUCAGCCAUGGGCAGAACAAGCAAAAGCCUACUACCCCCUCGACAACAGCCGUGUCACCUACGGCUCAGGUCCCCGACAAUAGUCGUAACUCAUUGAACAGCAAGAAUUUGUCCAACGCGGCAAAAGCCAAUGCUUUCACUAAUGGACAAUCAAAUUAUCCGAGUCAGACCAGUACCAGUUCGGCAGCAUCAAACACCGAUUCGCCAAGUGCAUCUUCAGAGUCUCAGCACGGCCAAUCGUCGAUAGGUACUUCACCCGAGCCGAGCUUGAACUCGCCGAAUGUUGGAAAGAUGGGAGAUAAUGUGUUUGACUUUUAUGGAAAGGAAGCUGCUACGAAUUACGGCACCAUUGAUGGUGAGAAAUCCUUCUGUGAGAAGCUAGGCAUGGCCUGUGGCAAUAUCAACAACCCGACGCCGGCGGCUUUGAAUAAGAAUAAUGACAAUCCACAAUUAUUAGGCCAAUUACAACCCGCUGCAGCUGAUCAAUCCCUCUCAUUCGACUGGUUGGCCCAACAGAAUGGUGGUUCCUUCGACCCCGUACUAUUCAACGACUACCGUGAGCCACAGGAUGCUAUAUUGUCCCAAGACUUUGGAGCGUUUUUCAACGAUGCUUUCCCAUUGCCUGACCUCGACAGUCCAUUUGGUAACUCCAACGACGUCAACAGUCCUAAGGAUUCUACUGGCACUGCCAAGACGGGGUCCGCUGCUCAGAAGCAGGACGAUGAGGAAGAAGUCGUUCCUGGAGAGGAUAAGGCACAGAUUAUGUCAUGCACCAACAUAUGGGAUCGUCUUCAAUCUAUGGAGAAGUUCCGCAACGGCGAAAUCGAUAUUGACUCGCUUUGUACGGAGCUGCGCACCAAAGCACGCUGUUCAGAAGGCGGCGUAGUUGUCUACAGGAAGGAUGUAGAUGAUAUUGUUGGACGUGCAGGUCACGAAACGCAUUCCCACUAG